AUGAACUCCGGAGGCCAGGGCUGCGCGCUCUCCUCGCUCUACGUGGGCGAUCUGCACCCUGAUGUGACCGAAGCCAUGCUGUAUGAAAUGUUCUCCCCCGUGGGCCCCAUCCUUUCCAUCCGUGUGUGCCGCGACGUGGCCACCCGGCGCUCGCUGGGCUAUGCCUACAUCAACUUCCAGCAGCCCGCUGACGCGGAACGGGCACUGGACACAAUGAACUUUGAGAUGAUCAAAGGCCAGCCCAUCCGCAUCAUGUGGUCCCAUCGAGACCCAGGACUUCGAAAGUCUGGUAUGGGCAACAUCUUUAUUAAGAACUUGGAAAAUUCCAUCGACAACAAAGCUUUAUAUGAUACCUUCUCCACCUUCGGGAGCAUCCUCUCUUCUAAGGUGGUGUACAACGAGCAUGGAUCUCGGGGCUUCGGCUUUGUACAUUUUGAGACCCAUGAGGCUGCACAGAAGGCCAUCAGUACCAUGAAUGGAAUGCUGCUAAAUGACCGGAAAGUCUUUGUUGGCCACUUCAAGUCUCGACAGAAGCGGGAAGCAGAGCUGGGGGCUCGGGCCCUGGGCUUCACCAACAUCUAUGUGAAGAACCUGCAAGUGGACAUGGAUGAACAGGGCCUGCAGGACCUCUUCUCCCAGUUUGGGAAGAUGCUGAGCGUGAAGGUGAUGAGAGACAACUGUGGCCAGUCCCGGGGCUUUGGCUUUGUCAACUUUGAGAGGCAUGAGGAAGCCCAGAAGGCUGUGGACCACAUGAACGGGAAGGAGGUGAGUGGGCAGCUGCUGUAUGUGGGCCGGGCCCAGAAGCGUGCAGAGCGGCAGGAUGAGCUGAAGCGCAGGUUUGAGCAGAUGAAACAGGACAGGCAGAACCGCUACCAGGGUGUGAACCUGUAUGUGAAGAACCUGGAUGACUCCAUUAAUGAUGAGAAACUGAGGGAAGCAUUCUCUACCUAUGGAGUGAUUACCAGUGCUAAGGUGAUGACAGAGAGUAACCACAGCAAGGGGUUUGGCUUUGUGUGCUUUUCCUCCCCAGAAGAGGCAACAAAGGCCGUGACAGAGAUGAAUGGGCGCAUCGUGGGCACUAAGCCUCUGUACGUGGCCCUGGCACAGCGCAAAGAGGAGCGGAAGGCCAUCUUGACGAACCAGUACCGGAGGCGCCUCUCCCGCCCAGUCUUGGGCUCCUUCCAGCAACCCACUAGCUACUUAGUGCCUGCUGUGCCCCAGUCUCCAGCACAGGCUCUGUACUAUGGUUCUGGCUCCAUAGCUCCCGUGCAUCCUGACCCCAGGUGGACAGUCCAGCCACAAGGACCUUCAUCCACCUGCCCUCCAGUUGCCUCAGUGGUGCAGCCACCAAGCACAUCCCAAUACCCCUGUGCUCACCUCAGCAGUGUCAGGCAAGCCUCAAGCCAGGUGCCUCACAUGCAGAGAGUGGCCAACAUUGGUACCCAGACCACAGGACCAGGUGGGGAGGGAUGCUCUAUUCCAGGCCGGCCUCGCCUGCCACACAGAGGCUCCUCAGCUGUAUACAAUGCCCGUGGGGUCCAGGAGCCGGCUAUGUACGUCCCUGGCCAUCAGCCCCUGACAGCGUCCAUGCUGGCUGCAGCAUCUCUUCAUGAGCAAAAACAGAUGAUUGGGGAGCGUCUCUACUCCCUCAUCUGUGAUGCCUACGCCCCCCUGACUGGCAAGAUCACGGGCAUGCUGCUGCAGAUGGAGAACUUGGAGCUGCUGCUCUUGCUGGAGUCUCCAGAGUCCCUCCAUGCCAAGAUAGAAGAGGCGGUGGCGGUGCUGCAGGCCCACCAGGCAGUGGAGUCAAUGGAAGGCUACACGAACUGAAAACUCUGGACGGCUGGGGGUGGCAGGAGUGACGACAGAGCAGCUGAGCCCAGGAGAUGCUGUGGAGAACCAGGCAGAGGCUGACUUUCAGAAACUGUGCUGCUGCUGCUGGCUUUGUUAGAAGCACCAAAGAAUUUGGUGAAGCUGAGCAGUCACAGGAGACAUCUGCUGUGUGAUUGGAAUGCUGUAGUGAAGGAGGCACUGUCGCACCAGCUGCCCUGCCUGGCUCCGUUCUGCCUGCCUGAAGGCCUGGCCUGGUGUGGUCUACUCCACCUUCCUAGCUGAAGACUGGGUAUCUUCCAUACUUUGGAAACAUUUAUUUUUUUCCUUCUCCCCCUCCUUCCUAGGUAAUGAACGUCUCCUUCCCUCGACUGCCAAGGGUACAGCAUCUCCUGCUCUUGGCUCUAAGGCCCUGGAAACUGUAACUUAUUUCCCUACCAGUCUGUAUCUGUAUCUGAGUUUUGGAUGUGGAAUGAAGACUGGCGAU